CCACCAUCCGCUGCCUCCGACCGACACACUUGCCCAUCUUUGUUCACUAACUUACCCGCUCCUCUCUUCUCUUCAUUUUUCUGAUUCAUCAUCAUGGCUGAAGGAAGCAACUUCGAUUAUCUCUUCAAGGUUGUGCUCAUCGGUGAUUCCGGCGUCGGGAAAUCGUAUUUGCUGUCGCGAUUCACACGCAAUGAGUUCAAUCUCGAGACCAAGUCGACGAUCGGUGUUGAGUUCGCGACACGGACGAUCAGCGUCGAUGGCAAGACGCUCAAGGCGCAGAUAUGGGAUACUGCUGGCCAGGAGCGGUACCGCGCCAUCACUGCUGCGUACUACCGCGGGGCGGUGGGCGCGCUCCUUGUAUAUGAUAUCUCGAAGCACGCAACAUAUGUCAACGUCACACGGUGGUUGAAGGAACUCCGAGACCACGCGGACUCAAACAUCGUCAUCAUGCUCGUCGGGAACAAGAGCGAUUUGAAGCACCUGCGGGCUGUACCGACCGAAGAGGCAAAGGCCUUCUCAACGGAGAACGGACUUUCGUUUAUCGAGACGUCGGCAUUGGACGCAUCGAACGUCGAGUCAGCAUUCCAGACAAUCUUGACUGACAUCUUCCGGAUCGUGUCGAGCAAAUCUCUGGAGUCAUCCGGGGACCCAAUCAAACCCUCUUCCGGCGACACCCUUACCGUCAGCCCCUCCGUGGACAACUCCGCUAACCAGGGCAGCAAGUGCUGCUGAGCGGCCAUCCCGACAGGAGUCCGCCCCUCUGAUCGGCGUAGUUGCAGCUGCGGAGGGUUUGACACGGCUGUGUCCUGAGGGUAGUGGCGGUGUUGUUGAUACGGCUACACGUUCUGUGAUUUCGUACUGUAAUCUUACUUUCUGUUUUUCGACUCGUGAUCGUUCUUUGUUUCCAUUCACGAGCGUUUCAGCACAUCCGCACGGCAAAGGGAGAGGCUCUGUGCUCCUUUUUGCCCGAUACCAUAGUGUAGAUAUCAAGGUGAUAUAGAUUGCGAUGAACAAGUAGGUACUGAGGGUCG